GCGCUGGUGCUCAGCCACAGGCCACACCCCGGGCUCAAGCGGUUCUUCCUGAAUGUGCUCGGAUGGUGGAGUGACGAUUCCCCGGAGACAUGACCUUGCUCGGUCUUCAGCUCCGGCCCGUGUCCCCCCAGGAAACGGCAGUGAGUCGGAGGAAGAGCUCAGCGCUGUAACCGCGGGGAGCCCGGCGCUGACUCACUGGGCCCCCGACUCCAGGUUCCACCCCGGCCACACCAAGAUGGACGCAAUCAGGAGAGGGAGCGCCAAGGACAGCCAGCGCCACAGGGUCCACCUCGAGGCCCAGGGCGCGGUCACCCAGAACUUCUCCUCGGAGAGCAAACAGGACACGGAAUAUGGACCCUGCCGCCGGGAGAUAGAGGACACGCUGAACCGGCUCAAGUCCUUGAGCACACUGAGCCCUCGGGGCAUCCAGCUCCCCAACUGCGACAAGAAGGGCUUCUACAAGAGGAAGCAGUGCCGCCCGGCCAAGGGCAGGAAGCGUGGCUUGUGCUGGUGCGUGGACAAGUACGGGCAGCCCCUCCCCGGGCACAACCCGCCGGGCAAACCGGACGUGCACUGUGACAGCGCGGACAGCCAGUGACCUGGCGUUCAGAGGAACUCAGACCCCGGUCUCGCACCGCAGACUGCCAAGGCGGGGAUCAGCUUUGGCUGCAGCCUCGAUUAUAUAUCUUUCUCUGGUGAA